AUGGCAGUGGCAGCCAGGAAGGGCAGGACUACAGCCUCCCCACACACCAGCAUCACCACCACAGCUUGGCCAGGCUCCCUGGACAGCUGGCUUAGCUGGAUUCCAUUACCCAAAUGGGCUCUCAUCACCGUGGCUGUGGCAGGGGCCAUUCUCCUCCUCCUCUUCCUCAUCUGCAUCAUCAAGUGCUGCUGUACCAAGAAGAAGCCCAAGAAGAAGGAGAGAAUCGGCUUGUGCACUGUCAGCAACCCCACGACGAUCAACCUUGUGCAGCCCGAGAUGGAGGACCUGGAGCAGGCAGUAGAGCAGAAGCGACGAGGAAAGCUGCAGUACUCCUUGGAGUACAACUUCCGCAUGCAGGAGCUGAAGGUUGGUGUGAAGCAGGCAGUUGAGCUGAAGGCCAUGGACAGCGGAGGUACAUCUGACCCAUAUGUGAUUGUCUACCUAACGUCUGAUAGGAAGAAGAGAUAUGAGACCAAGGUUUACCGCAAAACCCUGAACCCCAUCUUCAACGAGAGCUUCACUUUCCAGGUACCCCAGGCUGAGGUGUCUGAAUCCACACUGGUGAUGCAGAUCUAUGACUUCAAUCGCUUUUCCAAGCAUGACAUCAUUGGUGAGGUCCGGCUGCCCCUGGCCAGUGUCGACCUGCAGCAUGUCAUCGAGCAGUGGAGUGACCUGGCGGUGGCCAGUAAAGUGGAGGAGGAGCAUCUGGGUGAGAUCUGCUUCUCGCUGCGCUACGUCCCCAGCACCGGCAAGCUGACCGUGCUCAUCCUGGAAGCCAGGCAGCUGAAGCGGAUGGACUCUGAUGGACUCUCAGAUCCUUUUGUCAAGGUGCAUCUCAUACUGAACAGGAAGAAAUGGAAAAAAAAAAGGACAAGUGUGAAGAAAAACACCUUAAGCCCUUACUUCAACGAAGUGUUUGUUUUUGAGGUGCCUUUCAGUCAGAUCCAGAAUGUGGACGUGGUCAUCUCCGUCUGGGAUCAUGACAAAGUGACCAAGAAUGAGCCCAUUGGCAAACUCCUCCUGGGCUGCCGAGCCACGGGCAACCAGCUGCGGCACUGGUCCGACAUGCUGUCCAACCCCCGCCGGCCCCUGGCCCAGUGGCACAUCCUGCAGCCCCCAGAGGUGGUGGACAAAGCCCUGGCACUGAAGUCCCACCUCAAGCUGCCCCUGCACUCCAGAUAG